CACCUGAGUCCUUGACUGGCGUUGUCGACAAUGACUGGAUUGAACUAUCAAAAGUUGAUGUGGUCAGCUAAAAAGAGGAAUCGGGAUGGUCAUGCUCGGACAAAGAUGGCUUGGUUGGGAUUGCCUUGAUUGAUUGUUGAUUACACCAAUGAUUGCCACUUGGUUUGGCUGGUUAGUCAAGUCUGACGGGGUUAGGGAGCUACGGAGCCAUUUUCUUUUUUUUCUGACGAUGAAUGGGUUUAUUGAAAAUUUUCCUUGUUUGAACAAUUUUCAUUCUAGUCUGAUGUUUCUCUUUAAUAUACCUCUCUCCGGCCCAUCGCGGUGGCAGGAUGAGGUUGCCUUUUAUGGUAUCUUGACCUUUGUUGUCGUUUUGCGUGGUGUUUACCGUGGGUGGCGCUUCCCAAAGGGGUCAGGAACGAAUGAUGAAGAAAACGUAUUUCACCGAUAAAAGGGACGUGGUUAAAGGGAAACUGAAAAGUUGCUUAUGCUGGCGUCACUUUACUUUGAUUUUGAUUGUUCCGGUUCUAGGAACCAUGCUGAAAAGAAAUGGGAAAGGAAGGUUGA